GGUGUUGCGAUGGGGAGCCCUCUUGGGCUCCUGUUAGCAGAUAUAUUCAUGUCAAAAUUGGAAAAAUAAAUGCAAGGUAUGUUUGGAGAAUUUAUGCUGUAUAAACGUUAUGUAGAUGAUACUCUCAUUAUUGGUAAUAAUAGUAAAUCUAUUGAAAACUUUAUUACCCUCUUUAAUCAUAUUCAUCCAAAUAUCCGAGUGACUUCCGAACUCGAAUCGAAUAACAAACUCGGUUUCCUCGAUAUUACAAUGACCAGGAGAGAUGAUGGAACGAUUCAGCGAUCUAUUUUUCGUAAACAGACAUGGAGUGGACAAUAUCUUCACUUUAACAGUUUUGUUCCUAUUCAGUAUAAACGUUCCCUAGUGAAAUGUUUGUUCUCAAGGGCCCGAAAAAUAUGCACGAGUGACAUAGCGAUGGAAGAGUUUCGACAUAAAUAUUCAGUUUAAUUAGCUAAUGGUUAUCCGGAAACCUUCAUCACUUGUCACAGUAGAGAAAGACCACAUCUCGAAAAGACAGCUUCUGUACCAAAGAAAGUUAUCUUUAUUAACCUACCAUUCAAGGGUGACCAGAUUAUGAAGUUGACAGCUCAAAGACUUCGGUCAGCCAUCAAACGCACAUUCUACGCCGCAUCUAUUUUUCUCACUUGCCAAACAUUUUCGAUCCCUGUACC